AUGUUUAAUGAUUGGGAUGCAGGUGCUGGUUCCGCAGAUCCGCCUCAUGGAUUCUGCCGGCAAUUUUCACUAGCUGAGAUACAAGCUACAACCAACAACUUCGAUGAUACUUUUUCUUAUUGGAAAAGGGAUGUGAAGAGUACAAACAUUCUUUUAGAUGAGAAUUGGUUGCCAAAGAUCUCGGAUUUUGUGUUGUCCAAAAUCGGCAUCACAAGCCAUUGGCAAACCCAAAUCAACACAAAGGGCCAAAUAUUGCCUCAUAGUCUCAAGUUAUUCGGGGAAAUCACUAGCAAAUGCAUACAUAGUCAUCCUAGAGGAAGGCCUACUAUGGCCAAAGUGGUGGCAAGCCUUGAGCUCACCUUGGCUUCUGAGCAAGACUCACACCAAUGCAAGGAAAUGAUAGCCAAGCUAGUUCGAUGUAUUUUCCACCUUGUGGCUAAAGGUAUUGAGGUGAUGGGGCAAAGCAAGUGGAGAGCGUACUGUCUCAAAAAUGAACUACCAUUACAUUUGAAGAACAUUGGCAUUAAAAUGUUUCGCCAUUUCUCAUUAUCAGAAUUCGGUUAG